AUGUCAUUUAUUGAUAACAUAGAUAUUAAUCCCAAUACACCAAGAUUUGUUAGAGGACCAUUUAUAAUUAUAAACUCUGUUGUUAUGUUUUUAUCAACAAUAUUAUUAUGUUUAAGUGGUUUAUCAAUUUAUUUUUUAAAUGACUAUUAUUUACUUAAGGAAAUGACAUUACCUAUUGGUUCAUUUGUUUUAACUGCAUAUAUGGUAAUAGUAUCAAUUGUUGGUAUUGUUGCAAUUUGGAAAAAAAAAGUUAAGUUCCAUAUGGGCUAUAUGGUAUUAUUAUUUUUAUUAGUAAUUGCAUUGGUUGGUGUAAGCAGUAAAAUGGUUUACCUUACUAGAGAUUCAAAUAAAUUAGAACACAAGAUUGAAAAAGUAUGGAGCCACAUUGGAAAUUAUCAUCACGGUAGAUCAUUACACUAUUUGGGUGGUCUCAUUGAAAAAAUUGAGAAAUCACACCAAUGCUGCGGAUGGUCCAAAGAAACAGAAGGUGGCCAUUGCCGUCAUUUCACAAAACGUAAUGCUAAGCACGGUUACUGUGGACCACUUAUCGAAAGAAAUGUUGAAGCUUUAUUUUUAACUCUUGGUAUUUAUGGUAUUGUUCUUUCCAUAAUCGAAAUUGGGUUAUUAAUUUUAUCAACUUUUGUUUUAAUCAAAGUCAAUAAUAAUCCAAAAUCAAAAUCGUUCAUUUUACAAGAUGAAUAA